UAUACGUAUCCUUUCUUUUCGCCAUCAAAAGACAAUUUGUUGGCGUGCUGUCAGUUUUUAGGAAAUUGAUUAUAUUUUUUUAGAUUUUGUGUGUAAACGAAUUACAAAUUAAAUUGUAUAUUUAAAAUGUACGGCGGUGACGAGUUUUCGAAUAAUGGGGACUUUUACGAUGACUACGCCCACACAGGGGAUCCGCAGUUGGAUUUGGAAUACGAGCGAAGUUACUAUACCAGCCGCAUGCCUGACAAUGUCAAGUAUUUUCUCAUGAACUUCUGUCAGGCCAUUAAGGAUGGUAAUCUGUAUGAUAUACAGAAUAUGUAUGAGAACACCUUCCCCCAGAUAAGUGACCAUCAUUUCGAUAAGACAGCCUGGCCGGAGGAGCAAGAAGUGGCCAGCAUUGUGGACAAUGAGAAGGUGUUUUUGAUCUUAUACAAGGAGCUGUAUUUCCGUCACAUACACGCCCGCAUACCCGGUGGACCCAAGCUUGAUCAGCGUAUCAAUUCGUUUUUCAAUUAUUGCGAUUUCUUCAAUUUAAUUAUUUCGGCCCAGAACCCGGUGAUGUUGGAAUUACCCGACAUUUGGCUGUGGGAACUUGUUGAUGAAUUUGUUUAUCAAUUUCAAAAUUUUGCUCAAUAUCGAGCCCGUCUAACAGACAAAUCGCAGGACGAGAUCCAACAAUUGUGUGUUAAUCACAGUAAUGUAUGGAGCAUUCUGUGUAUACUUAAUGUGUUGCACUCUUUGGUGGAUAUAUCCAAUAUCAAGAAACAAUUGGAGGUCAUUUCACAAGGUGUAGAUCCUCAAACCGUUGCCGGUGAUUUUGGCAAAUUGUCCUUCUACAAAAUGUUGGGCUAUUUCUCUCUGGUCGGCCUGCUGCGUGUGCAUUCAUUGCUGGGUGACUACUAUCAGGCCAUUAAGGUCCUGGAACCGAUUGAGAUCCAUAAGAAAUCGGCAUAUUCCCAUAUACCAGCUUGUCAGAUAUCGACGUCAUAUUAUGUGGGCUUUGCCUACAUGAUGAUGCGUCGCUAUGCGGAUGCUAUACGUACAUUUUCGGACAUUUUGCUAUACGUACAGCGUACGAAACAACUUUAUAGCACUCGUUCAUAUCAGAACGAUCAGAUCAAUAAGCAAGCGGAGCAAAUGUAUCAUCUGUUGGCCAUUUGUUUGGUUUUGCAUCCUCAAUGCAUUGAUGAAUCCAUUCAACAAGUUCUGAGGGAAAAGAACUACCAUGAUGCCAUGUUCAAAAUGCAAUGUGGCGAUUUGGAUGUGUUUAAAUCCUUCUUCAUCUUUGCUUGCCCACGUUUCGUUAGUCCCUGCCCACCGGCGGCCGAUGCACCGAUGGAAGAUUACGUCAAGGACCCCAUGGAACAUCAGCUAUUGGUCUUUAUGGAUGAAGUGAGACAGCAAAAGGAUUUACCCACAACUAGGUCAUAUUUGAAGUUAUACACCACCUUGCCAUUGGCAAAAUUGGCUUCCUUCAUUGAUCCUAAUGCCAGUGAAGAUGAUGUGUCCAAGCUAUUGAUCCGUCUGCUAUGUUUCAAGCACAAAAUGCGUAACCUCGUAUGGAGCAAGGGUCCAAGUGGACUGGAAGGAUCUUUCAAAUCCGGUUCGGAGCUUGAUUUCUAUAUUGACGAUGAUAUGAUCCAUAUAGCAGAUACAAAGGUUUCUCACCGCUAUGGCGACUUCUUUGUACGAAAAAUUUUGAAAUUCAACGACCUCAAUCGGAAGUUAAAGGGCGUCAAUAUUUAAGUUUCGUUCAUUGUAAACCAUAAUAAUGAUAGAAAAUAGAGUUUAUAAUUCUCCGAACUGGACCGAGUAUUCCACAAUAAAGAAGUUCUGCAUUAAAAACUGGCAGAAAAUGGUCCCCCGAAA